UCACCAAAGAAAACGUAAACAAACCCCCAAAAGCAACAAUCAGCGCUGAAUAAUUGUUUAUUCUAAAAGUUCUCACGGAAAAAGUAGUGAAAGUUAUCCAGAAUGGGUAAAGGGAAAGCAGAAGUUGGUACGCCUAAGUACUUGGCUAAUAAAAUGAAGGCAAAAGGCCUUCAAAAGCUCCGCUGGUACUGCCAGAUGUGCGAAAAGCAAUGUCGAGACGAGAAUGGGUUCAAGUGUCACACCAUGAGCGAAUCGCAUCAACGACAAAUUUUACUGUUUGCAGAUAAUGCUGGUCGCUUUAUCGACGGUUUCUCUUCUGAGUUCUUAACUGGGUACUUACAAAUACUUAGGCGACAAUUCGGUACAAAGCGUGUUGCUGCUAACAAGGUGUACCAGGAAUACAUCGCCGAUCGCCACCAUCUGCACAUGAACGCUACCAAAUGGCAUUCGCUUUCAGACUUUGUCAAGUACUUGGGUCGAAAUGGGCACUGUGUAGCGGACGAAACGGACAAGGGAUGGUUCAUAACGUACAUUGACCGUGAUCCUGAAACAUUGGCCAUGCAGGAAAAGAUGGCAAAAAAGCAAAAAAUGGACAAGGAUGACGCAGAGAGAUUGGCCGAAUUUAUUGAAGAGCAGGUUCGUCGAGGAAAGACCGAAGAAGAACCAUGUAGCUCUGGGUACUCGGAGUUGAAACGAGAAAACGAGGAAGACACUAUUAAGAUCGAGCUGAAACUGGGCAGCAAACAGCAACAAUCGACACCCUCGGCGGUAAUAAGUAAAAGACCGUUCGAUGGGCUGGACAAUGGAAAGAAGGAAAAAAAGAGUAAGGCUGCAACAAGUAAUGGAGAUGCGAAGAAAUUAUCGGCACUGGACGAGCUAAUUCAAGAGGAAGAACAGAAAAAGGAGAAAAACAACCGAAAGGACUAUUGGUUGGCUGAUGGAAUCGUUGUAAAGCUGAUUUCGCGCUCUUUGGGAGAAAAAUAUUAUAAGGAAAAGGGGGUGGUUGUGGAAGUAAUAGAGAAAUAUCGCGCCAAAAUUAAAUUGCUGGAAACGGGCGAAAAAUUGAAGGUGGAUCAAGCUCAUUUGGAAACUGUCAUUCCCGCCGUUGGGAAACAAAUUCUGGUAUUGAAUGGUGGUUAUCGAGGCUGUACAGCUGUCUUAAAGGCCAUAAAUACGGAACGAUAUAGCGUGACUAUUGAAAUUGCUUCAGGACCUCUGAAGGGGAGGCUAGUAAGCAAUGUUGCAUAUGAAGACAUCAGCAAACUAUUUGUUUGAUGGCGAAAACAAUCCGUUCCCUGAUUUCAAUAAAGGUAUACAAUACAUUAAAUUUA